ACUGUCUGCGCGGAGCGUCAACCACUAAAUUAGCGGAGUGAGGCCGCAGCCGCGGGGAUUUUGACCCGAAGGCGGCCCCAACUUGCUUCUCAUUCUUCUUCUUCCUCUUCUACAAAAAGCCCGCUUACCGCUGCCUCUUGUUUCCCUUCCUCCCGUUUCCAUUGUUCCCCGGGGAAAUGUCCAUGGCCAUUGCUUAACGUGGUUUUUGUCUUGUUUCCUUAUCAAUUGGCUUCGUCCGUACCUCAGUGUUCUAUUCCUUUUGCUACGCGUCACAUGGAAGCGAACACCACCACCAGCAAACAUGUCGCCUACCGCUUUGCCCUCGUCCAACAACUCCCCGCCUUCAUAUCCCGACAAUGAAAAGGCCCUGGGGUCUUCUGCUGACAAGAAGGCCGUCGGCAUCGAUUCGCCUGCAGGGCGCAGAGACUCGCUGACUGGCUCGACGCAGUAUGACAGCACUCAUCGCCAGCUAAAGUCCCGCCAUAUCCAGCUUAUUGGUAUUGGCGGCACCAUUGGCACUGUCCUCUAUGUGCAAAUUGGUCAAGGCCUGCUCGCUGGCGGUCCCGGCAGCCUGUUUAUCGCAUUUAGCUUUUGGUGCACCGUCGUUCUCGCCGUCACCCUCUGCAUAGCCGAAAUGGUCACCUACCUCCCGAUUUCCUCGCCCUUUGUUCGCUUCGCCGGCCGAUUUGUCGACGAUGCGCUUGGAUUUGCUGCCGGCUGGAACUUCUUCAUCUUUGAAGCUAUGCUCGUCCCGUUUGAGGUGACGGCAUGCAACAUCAUCAUACAGUUUUGGACAAAGUCGAUCCCUACAGCCGCCAUGAUUGUCAUCAUUAUUUGCCUCUACGCUAUUAUCAAUGUCGUGGGCGUCAGGUACUAUGGCGAAACUGAAUUCUGGGCGUCCAUUGGCAAAAUCAUCCUCAUCGUCGGCCUCAUCUGCUUCACCUUUGUCGCCAUGCUUGGCGGCAACCCACAGCACGACCGAUUCGGCUUUCGCUACUGGUACACCCCUGGCUCUUUCAAAGAAUACUACAAGACAGGAGGUCUUGGAAAAUUCCUCGGCUUCAUGCAAUGCCUGAUCCAAGCAGCAUUCACCAUUGCCGGCCCAGAUUACGUCUCCAUGGCUGCUGGUGAAACCGCCAACCCGCGCAAGGUUCUACCUCGUGCCUUCAACGCCGUCUUUUACCGCCUUACCGCAUUCUUCAUCCUGGGUUCCCUCUGUGUUGGAAUUCUCGUCCCGUACGAUGACGACAAGCUAAGCCGCGCCUAUAAGGAGGGCGAACCUGGUGCAGCAGCCUCGCCUUACGUUGUCGCCAUGCGCAGGCUUGGGAUUAGUGGUUUACCCGAUGUUGUUAAUGCUGCCGUCUUAACUGCUGCCUUCUCAGCUGGCAACUCGUACGUCUACUGUGCCUCUAGAUCACUCUAUGGUCUGGCUUUAGAGGGUAAGGCUCCCCGCAUAUUCUCAAAGUGCACGAAAUCUGGCGUACCCAUUUACUGCGUUGCUGCUGUGCUCUGCUUCGCGCUGCUGGCCUUCUUGCAGCUUUCCUCCGAGGCUGCUGUGGUCCUCAAGUGGUUUGUCUCGCUCGUUACCGCCUCACAGCUUCUCAACUUUGCAACCAUCUGUCUUUCAUACCUCUGCUUCUACAAGGCACUCCAGGCGCAAGGCAUCAGCCGCCAAAGCCUUCCCUACAGGGCCUGGUUCAUGCCUUACGCAGCGUACUAUGGAAUGGCGUGGACUCUUGUAAUGGCUUUUGUCGGUGGCUAUACUGUCUUCUUACCCGGAAACUGGGACGUUCCCAACUUCCUCUUCUCGUACACCAUGAUUGCCGUCUUCCCUGCACUGUACAUCGGAUACAAGAUUGUGAAAAAGACCAAGAUCAACACCCCCGAGCAAGUCGAUCUCCAUAAAGAUCUCGAAGAAAUCGACGAGCACGAGCGAACAUAUGUUGCCCCUCCCGUCGAAUCUCGAUUUGAGCGCAUUCUCGAUACCCUGUUCGGUUAACUCUGGUUAUCCAAACACACAAACACGAAAGAUACCAUCUAUACAUACACGCAAUAGAAAUAGAAACGAGAUACCCCCAUAUAGCAAUAGCGAACUGCUGUUAGAUC